GUCCACAUUUUCAAUGUUCAUAGAGGGAGUAUUGCUUUCAGGAAUCACCUAAAAGCAGGCCAUGACAUCUCUCAGUUUUCUCUCUGUUGCCUGUUGCCUAGCAUUGUGCAAGAGGCUUUACCCUUUGAGAAGUUUUAUGGAAAUGGUUAUGUAGUUCAAUAUCCACGUUUUGUGGACUUAAAGGCGCUUCAAAUACGAGUUCCACCUAAAUCGGAGGUAUGGCCGCUCUCAAGCUUCUUUCUGGUGAAACUUUCGGAGCGAUUUGUUAUUCGCGAUAGUUCGAUAUUACACAGCAGUAUACUUCGAUCAUGAUGCGAUGAUGGUUUUCAAUCAUUUUCGUAAAAUUGUCAGUCAUGUCAGAAUAUUGCAGUUUUUACAAUCUCAUUCUCCUUAUGCACACAAAGGUCUAUAUAUUUUCUUCCGAAAUGAAUCAAGUUUUGUGCCUAAAAAGGUACUUAUUGUGGCAAAACUAUCGAGAUACCAUUUUGAAAAGUUACGGGAACCUGAGCUCAAUGAAACCCAGCUGAAGUUAAAACUAAUAGAAAGAGGCUCUGAUUACGAUGCUAUGCGUGCUAGUCAUUUUGCCACCAAAGCAGUGAAAGAUGAAGUAAUUCAAAUUUUACAAAAGAUGAAUGUGGAAUAUAAGAUAAUAGAUAGAACAACUUUAGAUCAAUCAUAUUUUACAUGGGCAGAUUUAGUUCUGCCAAUUGGCGGUGAUGGAACAUUUCUUUUAGCUUCAAAUUUAAUAUUUGACAAUAAAAAACCUAUAAUGGGCAUUAAUUCAUAUCCUGAAAAGUCAGAAGGUUAUCUUCUGUUGCCAACAAAAUAUACAAAAAACAUAACUGAGAUUUUUGAAAUGUUAAAAGCAGGACAUUACAGUAUACUUAUGCGAAGGAGAAUUCGGAUUAUUUUAAAAGGAGAAGAAAUAUGGAAAGCUCCUUUUCACAUGCAUGAAGAAGGACGCAUUGUAGGUGGUGAAAGAUUUUAUGUAACUGAGAAUUUCAAAGGCAAUCCUGAUGAAUUGCCACGAGAAAGGCAUCUACCUUGGUUGGCACUUAAUGAAGUAUUCAUGGGUGAAACAUUAUCAGCACGAACGAGUUCCUUGUUCAUAAAAUUAGAUAAAGAACAAAAGUAUCAAAAAGUUAAAAGCUCUGGUUUGUGUGUAAGCACUGGUACUGGAUCAACAUCUUGGUAUAAAUCUAUAAACAGUCUGAGUCAACAAACUGUGCAAGAAAUAUUGAACCUUAUAGAUACUAAGCGACGAUUUACCAAUAACGAAAUUGAGACUAUCUGUUCAACAUACAAUAGCAAUUUACGGUUUGAUGCAGAGGAUUCCAGACUGUGUUAUUCUAUAAGAGAUAUGAUAGUAACUGAUGCAAUGCUCGUUUCGAAGCGUAUAUGUCCUCGCGGUUUUUGUAAAAAGAUUACUGUGAGAUCACAGUGUUUCGAUGCAGGUUUAGUUUUCGAUGGUGGAAUAGCGGUUCCCUUCAACUUCGGUACCAUCGCGGAAAUAGAAACUUUUCCGGAAGACUCUUUACGAACUAUUAUUCUCCCCGAUUGAAUCGACUAUUAGAGUACCUUUAAAGAAGUAUUUCAGUGAUACAAAUAUAAUAAUUUUUUAUCAUGUAAAUAAUAU